UUUGCUGUCUGUUGCCACAUUAUAGAUUACCCCAAACUGAGCAGCUUAUAAAAGCAACCCUUUAUUAUUUCAAAGGGUCAGGAAUGGGUGGGUCAGAGUGUGGAGCUAGGCUCACGAACGAGGCCAGCUCGGACCUCCCUGCCUCACUGGGUCACCGCAUGGACGCAGCCACAGGAGCGAGCCUAGUAUCCCCCCAGGAGCAGAAACGGAUGCUAGGAGAACGACUGUUCCCGAUCAUCCAAACGAUGCACUCACCCCUGGCGGGCAAGAUCAUGGGAAUGCUGUUGGAGAUGGACAACUCGGAGCUGCUGCACAUGCUGGAGUGUCCCGAGUUUCUCCGCUCCAAGGUGGAGGAAGCUGCGGCAAUCUCACAAGCUCAUCGUGCCAAGAAAUAAGCUGCCCAGAAGGUGGGCGCUGUUGCUGCUACUACCUCUUAGACAUGGAAAAACCGAUUUGAUAUACUUCAUGGUGCAUCUUUGGGUGAAGUUGAUCUAAAUUUUUCUUUCUAUUCUUCUCUA